UGAGACACAUUGCUGAAAUUGGAAACUUUGGGAAAAGUGUGGAAUUCCUACCCGUUCUGUUUUACAAUGGGAAUGACAGAAUGAGAAUAGGAGAAAAACAUGAAAGAAGGGACUGAGCUCAAAUACAAUAUCUUUUUUGGAUUAUCUGCGUGCAGAACUCUGUAAUUCGUAUUAUUUACUGCUGCAGUCAGCAUGGCGGAGGGCUUGGAAGCAGCGAGUCCUGUUGACUGGAAGGAGAGGUGCACCACCCUGGAGACCCAGCUCCUCAAGUUCAGGAUCCAGGCCAGCAAGAUCCGCGAGCUGCUUGCUGAAAAGAUGCAGCAGCUGGAGAGGCAGGUUCUGGAUGCUGAUCGAAGAGCUGAGAAGGCCAGUCAGCAGGUCCAGGUGAUGGAGGAGAAGCUGAAGGCAGCCAACAUUCAAACCAGUGAGUCUGAGACCCGGCUGUAUAAGAGGAGCCAGGACCUGGAGACCCUGGUGCAGGAGAAGGAUGACAUCAUCCAGGGGCUGGAGCAGCAGCUGGAUGAGCAGAAGCAAAUCAGAUUCCAAGAAGCCAAGAUCAUAGAGGAGAAAGCAGCAAAAAUCAAGGAGUGGGUGACACUGAAGCUACGUGAGCUGGAGCUCGAGAACGAGAACUUGCGCUCAAUCAACCAGCGGCAGACUGAGGAGAUGGAGACGCUCCAGAGGCAGCUUCGGGAGGCAGAGGUGAAGAAGUCUCACUCUGUGACCCCCAAGCCUGGGGAAGCUCAGAGGCUCAGCAGCCUGACGUUCGGCUGCUUCCAGGUCAGAGCCAAAAACCCCCAGGUCAUGACUGGACCAGAACAAGGGCACCGGGCCACCAAUCAGGAGACUACAGGGUCAGAGGGGAGCAUGGCAGCAGGGAAAGAAGCCAGUAAAGAGUCAGAAUCUCAGGGGGGUCGAGACAGCAACAAAAGCCAGAGACCUGUACUGGCCAGCGCGAGCGAGAAAGUGAGAAGACAGGGCCAGGGGGACGAGGCAGCCCGCGGGGGAGCUCUGAGUGAGAGCAGCUCUGAUGAGGAGGAUGAGGAGGGGGAGAGGGGGCGGGAGAGACUCAAGUGUCGCUGUGUGUCCUCUGCACUCUCUAGACCUUCCUCUGACGGGUGCUACAGCCGGGCUGGGAGCGAGACUUACCUGACCGCCUCGGACGACAGCAGCUCUCUGUUUGACGAGGACAUGCAGCUGGCUGACACCAAAGGGGUGAACCAGCUCCCACAGAUAGACCACCUGAGAGAUGGCACGUCUGUGGGCUGCCUGGGGAAGAAGAGGCUGGAGCAGGACAGCUUCUCGGAGGAGCUGAGUAAGAAGUUCCAGUCCCAGCUACUCGACUCGUCCUCCUCCUCCAGCGAAGCGAACACUCCCAGCCCCAUUCUGACCCCCGCGCUCACACCCAAACACCCCAUCCUGGAGACCAGCCCCCUCUCCCUCCCACACUCCCCAAGCAGGCUGCCCCAGCCCAGGCUGCGCACCCCCACCGUGUUCAGCAUCAGCGUGGCCCUGGCCAAGAAGCACCUAAGCCAGCCACAGCUCAGCUCCGACCGGCUGUUUGGCUGCAACCGCAACGCCAUCAGCAUGGUGCGGCCGCUUUGGCAGCAGGAUGACAUGCAGCUGGAGGAGCGAGCCCAGCCGGGGGGCUCCGAGCCCGGCCUGGAUGAGGGGGUCUUCUCCUAUGACUCCUCCGAGGAGCUGGAGGGAGGGGCAGAGCUCCUGGGGAGAGCACAGGGCAGCAAGCCGCCCACCCCGCCUCUGCACAGGUUUCCUUCCUGGGAAAGCAGAAUUUACGCGGUAGCCAAAUCUGGGAUCAGACUGUCUGAAGCCACAUGUUCUGAGCUUGCCAAUAAAAGCUCUGGGUCUCUCUCGUCGUACUCCACCUCUGGGUUGUACACCUCUCUGAUAUACAAGAACAUGACCACUCCAGUCUACACCACACUCAAAGGGAAAGCCACCCAGUUGAGCAGCAGCCCAUUCUCUGACGAGUCGUCGGGCUCCGAGGAGGAGGAGAGCUCCUGCUCCAGCACCAGGACCUCCGGCUCAGACUCCAGGAAGGGCAGCGGGACAGGGAGCCCCCGCGCAAUCAAGAGAGGGGUGUCCAUGUCAUCAAUGACCUCAGAGAGCGACUAUGCCAUCCCUCCUGACGCCUACUCCACCGACACGGAAUUCUCGGAGCCAGAGCAGAAACUGCCCAAGACCUGCUCCUCCUCCAGCGACAACGGCAAGAACGAGACUUUGGAAAAAUCUGGCUACUUGUUGAAGAUGGGAGGGAAAGUGAAGACCUGGAAAAGACGCUGGUUUGUCCUGAAAGGAGGUGAACUGCUGUACUACAAGUCACCAAGUGAUGUAAUCAGAAAGCCACAGGGGCAGAUUGAGCUGAGCGCCUCCAGCAGCAUAGUCCGGGGGGACGGGAAGCAAACCAUUCAGAUGAUCAGUGAGAAGCGAAUCUAUUACCUGACUGCUGAUUCCCCCAAUAUCUUGGAGGAGUGGAUCCACGUGCUGCAGAACGUACUGCGAGUGCAGGCCGCCAGCCCGCUCUUCACACAGCCCGAGGCCAAGCCGGCCAUGAAGGGGCUGCUCACCAAGGUGAAGCACGGAUACUCCAAGCGGGUGUGGUGCGCACUCAUUGGGAAAACGCUCUACUAUUUCCGCAGUCAGGAAGACAAGUUCCCGCUGGGUCGGAUCAAGCUGUGGGAGGCCCGGGUGGAGGAGGUUGACCGGUCCUGUGACUCGGACGAAGACUACGAGACCAGCGGCUGCAGUCUGCUGUCCACUCACUACACCAUCGCCAUCCAGCCCAAGGAGCAGGGCCCCACCUACCUCCUCAUCGGCUCCAAACACGAGAAGGACACCUGGCUAUACCACCUGACUGUUGCUGCGGGCAGCACGACUGUUGCAGUGGGCACAGAGUUCGAGCAGCUAGUGGGGAAGCUGCUCAAUGUGGAGGGAGACACUGGCUCUCAGAUCUGGAGACACCCCACCCUGUGUUAUAGUAAAGAGGGCAUCACCUCCCCUCUCACCACCCUGCCCUCGGAGGCACUGCAGACCGAGGCUAUUAAACUCUUCAAGACAUGCCAGCUAUUCAUCAACGUUACGAUCGACGCCCCUGCCAUUGACUACCACGUGUCCCUGGCACAGAGUGCCCUGCAGGUGUGCCUCACCCACCCCGAGCUGCAGAACGAGAUCUACUGCCAGCUCAUCAAGCAAAGCUGCAAGAGGCAGCCCCCGGGCCAGGCCGGGCCCAUGCAGGGCUGGCAGCUGCUCGCUCUCUGUGUGGGGCUCUUCCUGCCUCAGCACCCCUUCCUGUGGCUCCUGAAACUGCACCUCAAGAGGCACGGGGACUCCAGGACAGAGGUUGGGAAGUACGUUAUCUACUGCCAGCGCUGUGUGGAGCGUACUCAGCAGAAGGGGGAGCGCAAGGCCAAGCCGUCACGCAUGGAGAUCCUGUCCAUCCUGCUGAGGAACCCCUACCAUCACUCCCUGCCCUUCAGCAUCCCCGUGCACUUCCUCAACAACACCUACCAGGUGGUGGGGUUCGAUGCCAGCACCACAGUGGAGGAGUUCCUGAGCACACUGAACCAAGACACUGGCAUGAGGAGACCCACACAGUCUGGCUUCGCUCUCUUUACUGACGACCCCUCCGGCAGGGAUCAGGAGCACUGUCUGCAGGGCAGCAUCAAGAUCUGCGAUAUCAUCUCUAAAUGGGAGCAGGCCUCCAAAGAGCAGCAUUCGGGCAAGUUCGAGAGCACAAGGACAGUGCGGCUCACCUACAAAAACAGGUUGUAUUUCUCUGUGCAGGCUCGUGGAGAGACUGACCGGGAGAGGCUGCUGCUCAUGUACCAGACCAGCGAGGAGAUCCUUCAGGGACAGUUCCCUGUCAACAAGGAGCUGGCUCUGGAGAUGGCAGCGCUGCUGGCACAGGUGGAGUUCGGAGACUUUGAGCGGCCGUUCUCCACACCGGCAGGUCAGGUGACUGCCCAGUCCAAAUCCAACCAGAGUCUGAAGCAGGUUCUGGAGAGAUUCUACCCCAAGCAGUACCGGCAGGGCUGCUCCGAGGACCAGCUCAGGCAGCUCCUGCAGAGGCUGUCAGCGAGGUGGAUGUCUCUGAGGGGCCGCACCGCCUCAGACUGCAUUCGGAUCUACCUGACCGUGGCCAGGAAGUGGCCUUUCUUCGGGGCUCGACUCUUUGAAGCAAAGCCCAUCACCCCCUCACCCUUCCAGGAUGCUCCGGUAUGGCUGGCAGUGCACAAGGACGGGAUCAGUGUGCUGGAGUACAGCUCCAUGAGGCUGCUGGUGUCGUAUGGGCCCAGGAACCUGAUGACGUUCGGAGGCUGCCGCGAUGACUUCAUGCUGGUGGUGGCUAAGUCCAGUGGCAACGGGCACCCCAAGGACAAGCCCACAGAGAAGCACCUGUUUGCAAUGCCCAAGCCCAAGAUUCUAGAGAUGACCCUGCUGAUUGCCAGCUACAUCAACAGUGUCCACCAGCAGAAAGCCGCUGCCCAUCACCUCUCAGCCCCGGCCAUGCUCUCCGCUCAGCUGGCCGGACCCAAGAGCAGGGAGAUGGGAAGCCAGCCACUGCUGUCCUCCAACAGACCCACCAAGGGACCCACCCUUCUGUGAGCCCAGGCACCCUGAACCAGUGAGCUCGCUCCGCUGCUGGCUAGCGAGAGCAACAGCUUCCAAACCGCAAGCCAUCAGAGUCUCAUUGAGCAAGGGGCCUAUUCUACUAUGAGAUGAUGGGCUCCCCCUGCUGGCUGACCCAGUGUGGUGCAUCUGGAACCAAUUUAAAGCUUUAGCUCACAGUUUAGAGCAGUGGUUCCCAAACCGGUCCUGGGGACCCCCUGUGCCUGCUGUUCCCAAACCGGUCCUGGGGAC